AUCAGAAUUUUGGCAGUGUUGUAUAUCGGUGCUGAAUCUCUUAUACAUGAGAUGCGGCAACUGUGGAAUGCAUAUAAUCGUAAAAAACAGUUUUAUCCGACAGUUAUCUACCUGACAAAUAAUCAGACAUGCCUAGCGAUUUUGCUUUUUCAGUGUGCGGUCCUGCUAAUGUUCGUGGCAAAAAUGAUGACACGGAUAUUCUUUGGUCGUCUUCAACAGGCAGAGGUUGAUAACCUUGUAUCUCAAUCCUGGUAUGCGUUUUUCGACAUGUGUUUGGUCUUCGCCUUCUUUCAAGAUGAAUUGGGAACAGAAUUCCUAUUCUUAUUCACCAUGCUAUUAUUUGUCAAAGCCUUUCACUGGCUUCUUGAGGAGCGGGUUGAUUAUUCAUCAAUGCUCUGUUUCACGCUUUUAGCUUUAAUCGCCUUGUUGUGCUGCAUCGAUGUGUAUUUUAUACGCACUGCAUACAUGAAACCCGCUUCUCGCGGCCUUUCUGUGCAUCUGGCGCUCGGAGUCGAAUAUUACAUCUUGGUUUUCGGUCUCUUCUCGACAACGGUUCGUUACAUACUUCAUACAAUCGACUCUCUUCGAGAACACCCCUGGGAUAAGAAGACAAUGUACCUGCUGUAUGUGGAUAUCAUCAUGGGGAUCGUCCGUUUGGCUCUUUAUAUUGAGUUCACUCUUGUUAUGUGGUCACUUCAUCCGUUCCCACUUUUUAUUGCUCGACCGAUCUAUCUGAGUGUUCGUGCUCUAAAGAAAGCCAUCCGCGUAAUAUCCUGCCACCGUGUAUUUUCGUUGUUAUUCAACUCAGUUACCUGUAUA